UCUGUUUACAAGAACUAUAAUCCACCAACCGUCAGGGCUGCACAGUUAUACACCUAUAAACACCCCCGCUCGACAGACAACAGACAGACCCGAAGAAACAAACACCCCACCUCGCCCCUCCCGCCCCGCCCAAACAGGAAAAAAACCCCCUUCGCCCAAGAUGCCCUCCCCAGCCUUCCCCGGCCUUUUCUUCGCCUUCUGCGCCAUGGUCCUCCUCAUCUUUGUCUCCGUCUCCCCUCCCGCCUGGGAAAAGAUCAACUUUCUCAAAGCUUCCACCGGCAGCCAGACGACCGUGUUUGGCGUUUUGGGCGAGUGUUUGAAGGGCGGGGAGUGUACGAGUAGGAAUGUGGGGUAUGAUUUGAAAGUCUGGGGUGCCGACAACCUCAACAUCAACACCACAAACUUCCACCGCCUCACCCGCGCCCUCAUCCUCCACCCCAUCGCCGGCUUCUUUGCCCUCCUCUCCCUCCUCUUUGGCUUCCUCGCCACCAUCUGCGCCUCGCGCUUCCUCACCAUCAUGAUGGCCCUCAGCGCCUUGUUUGGGCUGUUGAUCACCAUCGCGGCGUUUGUGCUCGAUAUGGUGUUUUGGUCAUUGGUCAAGCACAAGAUCCAUGAUGCGGGGUACUCUGCUAGCUAUGGUAACGCAAACUGGCUCACGGCGGGUGCGCUCGUCGCUUUUGCGCUCAGUUUCUGUACUUCUCUGUGCGGCGCCUUUGGGCGGUUCGCCAGUGGCAGGUUUGCCGGUGAAAAGUAUUAAACGCCCGGUGCCUGCUUUUUGGCACAUAUGACAGUCGGUGAGAGAGAGAGAGAGAGAGAAGGAGAGGGAGGAGGAGAUCUAUGAUACCUUACUCAGAGGGACGCACCACGAGUUGUUUUUCGCUCACUAAUUUUCUUUUUCCUUAUACUAAUUCAUAAAGAGCACGGGAGUACGGAGGGAGUACGGGGUGGCGAUAUAAUCAGAGGGAGGGGUGGGGUGAGAUCUAGAAAUACACGGUUUCUGUUUUUCCUUGUCGCGAUCGAGAAAAGGGAGAGAGGGAGGGGGAAUCAUGUAUCGUUAAUCUGUUAA